GAUUUAUCUCAGAUAAUGUGUGACAGGUUUGUGGAUUGGGCGGGUUGGUAUCGACUCAUCAUCCAGGGUGAGAGUGUUCAGAUGUCAGACACAUGUGUCCCAGAGUACAGAUGUGGUACUCAUGCACCACUGUGGUUAAAUGGUGGACAUCCAACGGUUGAAGAUGGAGUGGUCACACGAGACGUCUGUGGUCACUGGAGCGGUGACUGCUGUUAUUUCCACUCCAAUCCCAUUAGAGUCAAAGCCUGUCCAGACAAUUAUUAUGUCUAUGAGUUUGUGAGUCCUAUAUCCUGCUAUCUGGCAUACUGUGCAGAUGUUACAAAGAUUAUCACGACUCCAACCUCAAUCAUAGAAACUACAACAGUACCUACGACUCUCAGCUAUGACCCAUGCUAUCAGUAUAACGCUAUUGAUGAAUAUUGGAGAGACAUGCGGCUAAACCAAUUCCAGGACUAUGGACAUGAUGACACUACUGUUGAGUGGAACGGCUGGUAUCGACUGUUUUUGAAUGGAACAAGUGCUCAGAUGUCUGAAUGGUGUGUGAGUUAUAUGGGAUGUGGUGGUUAUACUGGACUGUAUCUCAGCGGUUCUCAUCCACGACUUGAGGAUGGAGUGGUGACCCGUGAGGUUGUUGGAAACAGUUUAUGGUGGUGGUACUCCUACCAGUGUGGUCAGUACACCUCCAACCCCAUCCAAGUCAAAGCUUGUCCAGGAGAUUAUUAUGUCUAUAAACUCAUCACACCAGAUGUGUUAAUCUACAGACCUUCAUACUGCGCAGUUGCUUUCAGCAGCAUCACCAAUGAUCCCUGUUACAACUAUGAGUCUCUGGAUCGUCCCUGGAGAGCAACAACUGAAAGUGGAUUGUACAUUUGUGAUAAUUAUUAUUUAUUCUGGAAUGGCUGGUACAGACUUUUUCAUUAUGGGAUGAACAUCCAAAUGACAGAGAGCUGUGUUAAUGCAUACAGCUGUAACUCAUACAUAAGUCUGUCGCUCAAUGGUCAUCAUCCUCAGAUAGAAGAUGGGGUGGUGACCCGUGAGGUCUGUGGGGCAACUUAUUGGGGUUGCUGUGAUGUGAAGUCAGAACCCAUCAGAGUUAAAGCCUGUCCAGGAGAUUACUAUGUCUAUGAACUCGUGAAACCAAUAGUCUGCUCAGGAUACUGCACAGACAUCAGCACUGCAUCACAGACCGAUUUUACAACUUCAGCUGUGAUUCCUGAAUCAAGCUUCACAUUGGGUGAUCCAUGCUUAAGCUAUAACAUACUGGAUGAGUACUGGAGAGACACACAGGAUUACUACUAUUGGUAUGGAUGGAUAGGUGAACAUGAUGACACUCGUGUAAAAUGGGACGGCUGGUAUCGACUCUUCAUCAAUGGAUCGAGCGCUCAGAUGCCUGACUGGUGUGUUCCUUAUAUGUCAUGUGGAGGUUAUACUUCUCUGUGGCUUGCUGGUUCUCAUCCUGGAGUAGAAGAUGGAGUUGUUACUCGUGAAGUCCACGGCUCUUAUUAUGAUCAGUGCAGUCAUUACACAUCAAACCCAAUCCAAGUCAAAGCUUGUCCUGGAGAUUAUUAUGUCUACAAACUCACCAGACCAAACGUGGAGAUCCCACUGCCUACAUAUUGUGCAGUUGUUUUCAGCACUCCAAGUGUCGAUCCUUGUGACAACUACACCAGUCUGGAUGAACCCUGGAGAUCCACUGAUAACUAUAUAUAUAACUAUUACAACUACAACUAUCGCAUAUGUGAUUAUAAUGUCAACUGGAACGGCUGGUACAGACUUUUCAUCAAUGGUCAGAGUACUCAGAUGUCAGAAUCAUGUGUCAGUUGGGGGAUGUGUGGCACUUAUUACCCAAUGUUCCUCAAAGAUCCUCAUCCACAGCUGGAGAAUGGAGUGGUCACAAGACACGUCUGUAUGUCUGGAUGGAACGGCUGUUGUGGUUAUGAAUCUCAUCCCAUACAAGUCAAAGCCUGUCCUGGAAAUUACUACGUUUAUGAGUUUGUCAAACCACUGUUCUGUGCUGCUUACUGUGCAGGUAGAGAAACAACAACACAGACAACAACAACAACAACAACACAGACAACACAGAUCUCAACCACACAAUCCCCUUCUCCACCCAACACAAUCCCUGUUGAUGCCUGCUCCAACUACAAUGUGUUGGAUGAUCUCUGGAGAUCCACCAGUAAUCAGGAUUUAUCUCAGAUAAUGUGUGAUAUGAAUGUGGAUUGGGCGGGUUGGUAUCGUCUCAUCAUCCAGGGUGAGAGUGUUCAGAUGCCAGACACAUGUGUCCCAGAGUACAGAUGUGGUACUCAUGCACCACUGUGGUUAAAUGGUGGACAUCCAAUGGUUGAAGAUGGAGUGGUCACACGAGACGUCUGUGGUCACUGGAACGGUGACUGCUGUAAUUUCCACUCCAAUCCCAUUCGAGUCAAAGCUUGUCCAGACAAUUAUUAUGUCUAUGAGUUUGUGAGACCAACUGGCUGCUAUUUGGCAUACUGUGCUGUACCUACAACUCUCAGCUAUGACCCGUGCUAUCAGUAUAACACUAUUGAUGAAUAUUGGAGAGACAUACGGCUAAACCCAUACCAGGACUAUGGACAUGAUGACUCUACUGUUGAGUGGAACGGCUGGUAUCGACUGUAUUUGAAUGGAACAAGUGCUCAGAUGUCUGAAUGGUGUGUGAGAUAUAUGGGAUGUGGUGGUGUAAUUGGACUGUAUCUCAGUGAGUCUCAUCCACGACUUGAGGAUGGAGUGGUGACCCGUGAGGUUUUGGGAAGCAAUAUAUGGUGGUCUUACUACAACCAGUGUGGUCAGUACAGAUCCAACCCCAUCCAAGUCAAAGCCUGUCCAGGAGAUUAUUAUGUCUAUAAACUCAUCACACCAGAUAUGUUAAUCUCCAGACCUUCAUACUGUGCAGUUGCUUUCAGCAGCAUCAACAAUGAUCCCUGUUACAACUAUGAGUCUACGGAUCGUCCCUGGAGAGCAUCAACUGAAAGAGGAUUGUACAUUUGUGAUGACUCUUUCUCCUGGAAUGGCUGGUACAGACUUUAUCAUAAUGGGAUGAACAUCCAAUUGGCAGAGAGCUGUGUUAAUCCAUCCAGCUGUAACACAGUCAUGAGUCUGUGGCUCAAUGGUCCUCACCCUCAGAUAGAAGAUGGGGUGGUGACCCGUGAGGUCUGUGGGUCAUAUUAUUGGGGUUGCUGUGAAGAGACGUCAAAACCCAUCAGAGUUAAAGCCUGUCCAGGAAAUUACUAUGUGUAUGAACUUGUGAAACCAAUAAACUGGUGCUCAGGAUACUGCACAGACAUCAGCACUGUAUCACAGACCAAUUUCACAAUUCCAACUGUGAUUCCUGGAUUCAGCAGCACAUUAAGUGAUCCAUGCUCAAGCUACAACAUACUGGAUGAGUAUUGGAGAGACACACAGGAUUACUGGUAUUGGUAUGGAUAUAUAACUGGACAUGAUGACACUCGUGUAAAAUGGGACGGCUGGUAUCGACUCUUCAUCAAUGGAUCGAGUGCUCAGAUGCCUGAAUGGUGUAUUCCUUAUAUGUCAUGUGGAGGUUUCAGCUCUCUGUGGCUUGCUGGUUCUCAUCCUGGAGUAGAAGAUGGAGUUGUUACUCGUGAAGUUCACGGCUCUUAUUAUGAUCAGUGCAGUCAUUACACAUCAAACCCAAUACAAGUCAAAGCUUGUCCUGGAGAUUAUUAUGUCUACAAAUUCACCAGACCAAACGUAGAGAUACCACUCCCUACAUAUUGUGCAGUUGUUUUCAGCACUCCAAGUGUCGACCCUUGUGACAACUACACCAGUCUGGAUGAACCCUGGAGAUCCACUGAUAAUCCUUACUAUAACUAUUACUACUACAACUAUGUCAUGUGUGAUUAUAAUGUCAAUUGGAACGGCUGGUACAGACUUUUCAUCAAUGGUCAGAGUGCUCAGAUGCCAGAAUCAUGUGUCAGUCGGGAGAUGUGUGGCACUUAUUACCCAAUGUUCCUCAAAGAUCCUCAUCCACAUUUGGAGGAUGGAGUGGUCACACGACACGUCUGUAUGUCUGAAGGGAAUGGCUGCUGUGAUUAUGAAUCUCAUCCCAUACAAGUCAAAGCCUGUCCAGGAAAUUAUUAUGUUUAUGAGUUUGUCAAACCACUGUAUUGUGCCGCUUACUGUGCAGGUAGAGAAUCUACUCAUAUUAUCUCUUCAAGUAACACAACGACAACAACACAGACAAUGACAACAACACAGACAACAACAACAACAACCACACAAGCCACCACUUCACCCAUCACAAACACGGGCCCAAUCCCAUUUUAUCCAUUUGGAGUUGGAGACACAGAGAAUGGAUGCAGUGAUGAUGGAAGUUCUGCAGUCAUCUACCUCCUGCAACCGUUUAUAUAUUUUGGACACACAUACAACCAAAUUUAUGUCAACAACAAUGGACACUUGACUUUUGAUGGACCAUGGUACAGCUACUUCCCAUACAGCUUCCCAGGUCAUGGUGGCAAAGACAUCAUCGCUCCAUUCUGGACUGAUCUUAAUAAUUGUGAGAACGGUGUGAUCUCAUAUCAGCAGUACACCUCUGGCGAUGUCCUGACACAAGCUACACAAGACAUAAAUCAAUACUUCCCUGAUCUGAGCUUCUCUGCUUCAUGUGUCUUUGUUGCAACUUGGGACAGAGUAGCAUAUUUAUCAUAUUCAGGAACUGAAACAUCAUUCCAAGUGGUUUUGAUUUCAAAUGGCCAUCUCUCAUUUGUUUUAAUGAACUAUGGUAGAAUUUCUCCAUCACAGCGAUAUGUACAGGCCGGUUAUGACACCGUCAACUCCAGCUACUAUUUCUCAAUAACUGGAUCACUCCAGACUGACUUCACAGGCUUAACACACAGCACCAAUGUCAAUGUAACAGGCAGAUGGGCCUUCAGAACAGAUAAUGGACCACAGGGAUGUCACUUCAAUGGUUUAUCAGUGCAAUUGGGAGAUUCUUUCUGGAGUGAUGCCACAUGUCAGGAGAGAUGCACCUGUACCAGCAGAGGCCUCCAGUGCAGCCCGGAACCCUGCACUUAUUCCCAAGCAUGUCGUGCAGCAGCUUUCCAAUACUCUUGUCAGAACAUUCCAAGACAAACCUGCACCAUCUCUGGAGAUCCUCAUUACUACACCUUUGACAAUCAGAUUUUUCACUUUCAAGGAACUUGCACUUAUGUUCUCUCUGAGGUUUGUGGAUAUGGUUUGUCAUACUAUCACAUUGAGGGCAAAAAUGAUCAUCGAGGUAGUACACAUGUGUCAUGGACUCGGAUGGUCAGAGUGUCUGUGUAUGAUCAAGAAAUUGAACUGAUUAAAGAUCACUAUUAUGAGGCAAAGGUUAACGGUACCUUUAGAGCAACACCAUUCACACUGAACAAUGGCUCCAUCCAGGUCUAUCAGUCAGGUUUCACCUUGGUCAUCAGCACAGACUUUGGUUUGGUGGUUACAUAUGAUGCAUACAGCUGGGUCACAAUCUCUGUACCUUAUGAAUAUCAGAACGCCACAUGUGGUCUGUGUGGGAACUUUAACCUGCAUCCUGAAGAUGAUUUCCGUUCUCCAUCUGGAGAGAUACUGAGCUCAGAUGUGGACUUUGCAAACUCUUGGCAAGUAGAGGGAGACACAGACCCUGAAUGUCAUAAUGUCAGGUGCACUGGUCUGGCUUGUCUUGAUUGUAGCACCAAUGAUAUGAGUGUUUACAGUGAUACAAACCACUGUGGCCUCUUAGGAGAUGUUUUUGGUCCUUUUGCUGCCUGCCACUCUGUCCUUGCACCACAGACCUACAUAGAGAACUGUGUCUACGAUCUUUGCCUGGGAGGAGGAUACCAACCAAUUUUGUGUCAGGCUCUCAAUGUGUAUGCUGCUCAAUGCCAACAACAGGGGGUACAACUAGGCCAGUGGAGACAACAGGGAUUUUGUGAGAUUAAUUGCCCUAUUGAGCACAGCCAUUUUGAGGCCCAAGGAACCAGCUGCCCUGCCACCUGCAGUGAUCCCUCUGCUCCGAUGAAAUGCAUCUUGCCGGGCCAAGAGAGCUGUAUCUGUGAUGAUGGGUACAUUCUCAGUGCUGGUACAUGUGUACCUCAAGCAGCCUGUGGAUGCACCCUUGAGGGAUUCUAUUAUGCUGAGGGACAGUCAGUAGUGUUAGAUGAGGACUGUGGCAGGGAAUGUGUUUGCAGCAACAGGCAAAUGAUCUGCAAUCAGCAUCAGUGUGGUCCAGCAGAGGUGUGUGAAGUUCAUAAUGGUCAGAGAGGCUGCAGACCCACCAGCUAUGCUACUUGUUCAGUUGAAGGCCUGGGUUCAUAUCACACCUUUGAUGGGCAAACCUUCAGAUAUCCUGGAGCUUGUGGACUGACCCUUGCAAGGGUGAUGGCACCAUCCCAACUGGGAUCAUUUACUUUGACAGUGGAGAAAGUGCCUAGAGGCCUUCAAGGUUUUGCUAGGUUCCUGAAGUUUGAGGCAGAAGGAACUCAGGUCCUCAUAGAAAUGGGAGAAGGUAGCAAUGUACAGGUGGAUGGACAGAUGGUUGGUUUGCCCAUCAGUGUUGGUUCCAGUCCGAUCCGCAUCUAUCACAGCAGUGUUAGGGGUUUUGUUCUGGAAACAAACUUUGGGGUGACCAUUAGAGCUGACUGGCCACACAUUGUCCGAAUCACAGCACCAAGCACUUACAGUGGUACACUCGGAGGUCUAUGUGGAAACUUCAAUGGAAACAUUGACGAUGAGUUUUACAGCCCAGAUGGUGUCCUACAGAACGACACCCAGACAUUUGCAGACAGUUGGCGUGAUGGAUCCCUAUCAGCCCACUGUGAGGACACAGCUGACCUUUGGGAACGAGGACAAUAUCAGAACAGCAGUCAGUUCAGUGAGCACUGUAGCAUCAUGACCAUGCCUGAUGGACCAUUUUCUGAGUGCAGCAGAACACUAGACCCUUCACAGCGCAUACAAGGUUGCAUUCAAAUGUUGGAGCAGACAAGCGGUGCAAGAGAGGCUCUAUGUGAGUCCCUGCGGGGAUACACACUGCUCUGCCAACAGAAUGGCAUCACAGUUGGAGAGUGGAGGAGCAUUACCUACUGUGAUCCCAUCUGUCCACUAAAUACCCAUUAUGAAUUGUGUGGCACAUCCUGUCCUGCGUCCUGCCCUAGUCUCUCAUUUCCCUUUCAGUACACCUUGCAGUGCCAGGAGGGUUGCCAGUGUAAUGAUGGACUUGUUCUGAAUGGAGAUCAGUGUGUGCCUCCAACAGGUUGUGGUUGCCACUAUGUUGGACGUUAUCGGCAGCCUGGAGAGCAGUUCUGGCAUGGUGAAGAGUGUCAGGCUUUGUGCGUUUGUAAUGGGAUUACUGGAAAUGUCCAAUGCACACCAUCAUCUUGCAAUCAACAAGAAGUCUGCCGUGUAGUCGAUAGAGAGUACGGCUGUCAUCCCAAUCCACAUGCUAGCUGUUCUGCCUCAGGAGACCCCCAUUAUAUAUCUUUUGAUGGAACCUACUUUGAUUUUCAGGGCACAUGCAGAUAUGUGCUGGCCACAGUAUGUAAUGACACUCGUGGGCUUCCGGUCUUCCAGGUGGACGCAAGGAAUGAGGCAUGGUGGGGAUCUUCGGUUUCAGUUACCGUUCAAGUUUUUGUCAAUGUUUCUGGGCAUCUUGUGCACAUGACACAGGAUAUGAAUGGUUAUUCUUCUGUUGAUGGAGAGAUCAGAAAUCUCCCAAUCCUACUUGACUCUGGCAGGGUAUCUAUCUACUCCACUGGAUCACAAACAGUUGUUUCAACUGACUUUGGUUUCAGUGUGACUUAUGGCUUUUGGGCAGUAAACAUCAUUGUACCUGCAGACUACAGAGGAGUUAUGUGUGGACUCUGUGGCAACUUUAAUGGUCAUACAGAAGAUGACUUCAUGACUUCUUCAGGUUCUUUGGCACCAUCAGCAGAUCAGUUUGGGGCAAAAUGGAAGGUUGAGGAGGAAGUGCCAUGCAUUGAUACACAAAAUAGAAAUGAUGGCCCAUGCCAAGAUCAGACCAUUGCUCAUAAUCUGUGUGAGAUUAUCAGGGACAACCAGGGCCCAUUUAGCUUCUGCCAUUCCGUUGUAGAUCCACAAGCAUACUUUAAUGACUGUUCAUUUGAUGUGUGCCUCUCUGGGAACCGAAAUGAUGUCUUGUGCCACUCUUUGGAAUCCUAUAUGAGGGCUUGUCAAUCUGCCAAUGCUGUUGUCUUCCAGUGGAGAGAAAGUGCAUCCUGUGUCAUGCCGUGUCAGUUAGAGAACAGCCACUAUGAGUUGUGUGGCACAGACUGCGGUCAUACGUGUGCCAGCAGCGUUGAUGCUAGCUGUGAACACACAUGUUCAGAGGGUUGUUUCUGUAAUGAUGGAUUUGUGAGGAGCUCAGGACUCUGUGUACCUGUAGAGCAAUGCGGCUGCUUGUAUGACGGAUUCUACCAUGAUAUUGGUGAACAGUUCUGGAGCUCAGAAUGUUCUCAACGCUGUGAGUGUUUUGGCCCGAAUGAUCUGCGUUGUUCUGAAUCCUCUUGCCCACCGACUAUGGAGUGUACAGUCAGAAAUGGACAUCGUGGCUGCUACGGCGAAAUGUCCACGUGUACAGUAUGGGGUGACCCUCACUACAUCACCUUUGAUGGGGCUGUGGCCCACUUUCAGGGAACGUGUUCAUAUGAGAUCGCCCAGACUUGUGGUAACGCUACUGAUGAAGAUCUGGAGUUCCGUCUGGUGGCCACAAACAGGCACCGUGGAAACAUGGCAGUGUCGUUUGUGUCUGUAGUGGAUGUUUGGCUGUCCCACCAUGGACAACAGGCACAAAUCACUAUUGGACAGAACAGAAGACUGAAAGUUAAUGGGAACUCCACUGACUCAUCAACCUUUCAAAUCAGUGAUCUUGUUGAAGUAUAUGAGGAGCCGGGAUUUGUGGUUGUGAAUGCAUUCAAUGAAUUCACCGUCCAUUUUGAUGGUCAGAGCACCCUUCUAGUCAGAUUAAGCCAAAGUUUCCGUGGGUCCAUAUGUGGAAUGUGUGGCAAUUACAAUGGAGACCCAACAGAUGAUAUCGCAUCACCCAACGGAGAUCUUGCACCAAAUGAUAAUGACUUUGGCAACAGCUGGAUAUCAAACACCAGUACACCAGGAUGUGGUGCGAGCGAUCGGACCGGAGAUCCUGACGAGUGUCCAUUCAAACAGGAGUAUUCGGAUCUGUGCGGUAUUAUCACCAACACAAACGGACCCUUCCAGCAAUGCCAUCAUCAUGUUGACCCUGCACCGUACUACUACUCCUGUGUGUAUGACCUGUGUCUCUACACAGAACAAAAUGGCAUGUUGUGUUCAGCUGUUCAGGCUUAUGAGGCGGCUUGUGUCGUCUUGGGCACACAGAUCCCAGAAUGGCGCUCCACUCUGCAGUGCCCUGAAAGAGAUCCGUGUUCUGCACUCAACUGUACUGAAGAUGAAUGGUGUGGAGAGAUGAACGGUGUUUACGGCUGUUUAUGCAAUGAGAACCGAACCAGAUCUGAUCCUGACUCUUUUGAUUUCUUUGAAACCUGUGAAAGCAGUACAGGAUCUAUAUCUAUAUCUCGCUGUCAGCUCUUUGAAGCUGGUUUUUCAGCUGAUGGCCUGCACCUCAAUGAUCCCAGCUGCAGAGGAAUCAUCCAGAACGGCCGAGUGGAGUUUAGUUUUGAUAAUAAUGGACACACUUGUGGUACAAAUCUUAUGGCCAAUGGCACUCAUAUCAUCUAUGAGAACUUUAUUUUGGGAGCACCAGGGUCACCUAAAGGUCUCAUCAGUAGAGAGAGAAUUCUGCAGAUAUCUUUCAGCUGUGUUUACCCCCAAACCCAAACACUUUCUAUGAUAGAAAUCAACCCACUGGAGAGUCGUGUGAACAAGAAUCUUGUUGGUCAUGGGAUGUAUCAGGUCCGAAUGAUCCCAUAUCAUGAUGUUGGGUUCUCUCAGCCCUUCAAUGGUAGUGUGGAUGCAGAACUCAACCAGGAGAUUUUUGUUGAGGUUCGUGUUGAUGGGGUUGACAGUCGACAGUUGGUGACAGUGAUUGACACAUGUUGGGCUACACCUGUGAAUGAUCCAGAUAACAGUCUGCGCUGGGAUCUCAUCACUGGAGAGUGUCCAAAUCCACAUGAUAACACAGUGAAGCUUCUUCAGAAUGGUGUCUCAACAUCCAGCCGUUUCUCCUUCAAGAUGUUCAUCUUCAACUCAAACUCCACUAAAGUUUACCUGCACUGUGCUGUUCAUCUUUGUAUUCUGGCCAACAAUCACUGCUCAGCGCACUGUGCCUCUGGAUAUCACCAGAGGGUCGGCAGGUCUCUGGACUUCCAUGACAGUUCUUCUAUAUCCAUGGGUCCUUUUGUCUGGUCUGAUGGAAAUGCAGGCACAUGGGCUCCAGAAUUAGUACGAGCGUCCGGAGCUCCAGGUCUGUGUGGUUGUUUGAUGAUACUGCUGGUUUCACUCCUGAGUGCCUGGACCAUCUUCUAG